AUGUAUGUGUGUACAAAGUUCCUCGGCCAGCAGGAGCCCCAGCGAUGCCUCGACCAGCAGGAGCCCCAGCGAUGCCUCGACCAGCAGGAGCCCCAGCGAUGCCUCGACCAGCAGGAGCCCCAGCGAUGCCUCGACCAGCAGGAGCCCCAGCGAUGCCUCGACCAGCGGGAGCCCCAGCGAUGCCUCGACCAGCAGGAGCCCCAGCGAUGCCUCGACCAGCAGGAGCCCCAGCGAUGCCUCGACCAGCAGGAGCCCCAGCGAUGCCUCGACCAGCAGGAGCCCCAGCGAUGCCUCGACCAGCAGGAGCCCCAGCGAUGCCUCGACCAGCAGGAGCCCCAGCGAUGCCUCGACCAGCAGGAGCCCCAGCGAUGCCUCGACCAGCAGGAGCCCCAGCGAAGCCUCGGCCAGCAGGAGCCCCAGCGAUGCCUCGGCCAGCAGGAGCCCCAGCGAUGCCUCGACCAGCAGGAGCCCCAGCGAUGCCUCGACCAGCAGGAGCCCCAGCGAUGCCUCGACCAGCAGGAGCCCCAGCGAUGCCUCGACCAGCAGGAGCCCCAGCGAUGCCUCGACCAGCAGGAGCCCCAGCGAUGCCUCGACCAGCAGGAGCCCCAGCGAUGCCUCGACCAGCAGGAGCCCCAGCGAUGCCUCGACCAGCAGGAGCCCCAGCGAAGCCUCGGCCAGCAGGAGUCCCAGCGAUGCCUCGGCCAGCAGGAGCCCCAGCGAUGCCUCGACCAGCAGGAGCCCCAGCGAUGCCUCGACCAGCAGGAGCCCCAGCGAUGCCUCGACCAGCAGGAGCCCCAGCGAUGCCUCGGCCAGCAGGAGCCCCAGCGAAGCCUCGGCCAGCAGGAGCCCCAGCGAUGCCUCGACCAGCAGGAGCCCCAGCGAUGCCUCGACCAGCAGGAGCCCCAGCGAUGCCUCGACCAGCAGGAGCCCCAGCGAAGCCUCGGCCAGCAGGAGCCCCAGCGAUGCCUCGACCAGCAGGAGCCCCAGCGAUGCCUCGACCAGCAGGAGCCCCAGCGAUGCCUCGGCCAGCAGGAGCCCCAGCGAUGCCUCGGCCAGCAGGAGCCCCAGCGAUGCCUCGGCCAGCAGGAGCCCCAGCGAUGCCUCGGCCAGCAGGAGCCCCAGCGAUGCCUCGACCAGCAGGAGCCCCAGCGAUGCCUCGACCAGCAGGAGCCCCAGCGAUGCCUCGGCCUCCAGAGAGCCUCAAAUCUGGAUGGCCAAACUGGAGAGACUCUCAAGAUAUUCCCCUGUGGAGGAGCAACGAAUUCUUUAUCAUUUUCUUCCCAAACAUUUUUGGUGAAAAUGUUCUACCCCGGCAGUACUGAACAUCAGUGA